CUCCUCCUCCGGGUCCGCAGCCGCCCUGGGCCUGGGGGGUGCGUCCCGGGGAAAGCGACCCCGGAGAACUCUUCAGAAGAGGUGCCGUCGGUCGCUGUCACUCGACUUCCGCGGGACCUUCUCGGAGCGACUGAUGCCAGGCUCAGUCAUGGAGGAAAACCUCAGAUUUGCUUCAUCAGGAGAUGAUAUUAAAAUAUGGGAUGCUUCGUCUAUGACAUUGGUGGAUAAAUUCAACCCCCACACAUCACCACAUGGAAUCAGUUCAAUAUGUUGGAGCAGCAAUAAUAACUUCCUAGUGACAGCCUCUUCCAGUGGUGACAAAAUAGUGGUGUCAAGUUGCAAAUGUAAACCGGUUCCACUUUUGGAGCUUGCUGAAGGGCAAAAGCAGACAUGUGUCGAUUUAAAUUCCACAUCAAUGUAUUUAGCAAGUGGAGGCCUAAAUAACACUGUUAAUAUUUGGGAUUUAAAGUCAAAACGAGUUCAUCGUUCCUUUAAGGAUCAUAAAGAUGAAGUAACUUGUGUGGCGUACAACUGGAAUGAUUGCUACAUUGCUUCUGGGUCUCUCAGUGGUGAGAUCAUUUUGCACAACGUAACUACUAAUAUAUCCAGUACACCUUUUGGCCAUGGGAGUAGCCAGCCUGUCCGGCACAUGAAGUACUCCUUGUUUAGGAAGUCUCUCCUCGGCAGCGUUUCGGAUAACGGAGUAGUGACCCUCUGGGAUGUGAACAGUCAGAGUUCAUACCACAGCUUUGACACCACACACAAGGCUCCAGCGUCGGGCAUCUGCUUCUCGCCUGUCAAUGAAUUGCUGUUUGUCACCAUAGGCUUGGAUAAAAGAAUCAUCCUCUAUGACACUUCAAGUAAGAAGCUGGUGAAAACGCUGGUGGCUGACGCUCCUCUGACUGCCGUAGACUUUAUGCCUGACGGAGCCACUUUGGCUGUUGGAUCCUCUCGGGGGAAAAUCUAUCAAUACGACCUGAGGAUGCUGAAAUCCCCCGUGAAAACCAUCACUGCCCACAAGACAUCUGUGCAGUGUAUAGCAUUUCAGUACUCCACGUCUCUGAUGAAGGCAAGUUUAAGUAAAGGCUGCUCAAAUAAGGCCACAUCAGGGACCAAGCGGAGUGUCGCUGUGGGCGGUGGUGGUGGGGCUGCUCAGAAUUCUGCGACUGUCAGAGAGGUAUCCACCCCUUCAAUUGCAACAGUUCUCCCGCAGCCCGUGAGCACAGCGACGGCCAAAGGAGCCGGCGCUGCCCAGGACAAAGCAGGCCUGCCUCGAAGCAUAAAUACAGAUAUUUUAUCUAAGGAAACAGAUGGUGGAAAAAGUCAAGAUUUCUCCAGCUUUGAUGAUACUGGGAAAAGUAGUUUAGGUGACAUGUUCUCACCAGUCAGAGAUGAUGGUGUAGUCAACAAGGGCGGUGAUGAAUCUAUAGGCAAAGGCGAUGGCCUGGACUUUCUAUCACAGCUGAACUCUGUGUUCCCCCCGAGAAAGAAUCCAGUCACUUCCGGCACUCUGGUCCUGCACUCCAGUCCUCUUAGUGUCUUUACGGGAUCCCCAGUAAAAGAAGAAAAUGAAAGUCAUGAGCUGACGGCUGAGGCAAAGAAAACUUACCUGGGGAAGCAGGAGCCUAAGGAGUCCUUGAAGCAGUUUACAAAGUUGAUCUCUGGUGCUGAACCUGGAAUUCUAAAUACCUCUCCAUCAUCUAACCAAACAAGAAAUCUUGAAAAAUACGAAAAGCCAGAAAAAGAGAUUGAAGCCCAGUUGAUACAUGAACCCUCCGUCAAUGGAUCCUCAGCUCCAAUUCCAAAGGUAUCACCCUCUGUCAUCGCUGGAGUAGCCAGUUCCCUGUCAGAAAAAAUAGUCGAUACCCUCGGGAACAGUCGGCCCAAUGCACCGCUGACCUCGGUUCAAAUCCGCUUCAUUCAGAACAUGAUACAGGAAACUCUGGAUGACUUCAGGGAAGCUUGCCAUAGGGAUAUUGUGAAUUUGCAAGUGGAGAUGAUUAAACAGUUUCAUACACAACUGAAUGAAAUCCACUCUUUGCUGGAAAGAUACUCAGUGAAUGAAGGCUUGGUGGCUGAAAUCGAAAGGCUUCGAGAAGAGAACAGAAGACUCCGGGCCCACUUCUGAGGACCCGGCCGACCUCGUUUUUUAUGAGUUGGGAAGUUUCUGGCACCUAGGAGUGACAGAUUCAGUAUUGUUUUCAUGGCCUUGACAGUGGAUGCUGCAGCAGGCACUAUUCCAUCUGUCAGACAUAUUUAUAUUUUUAUAUUACAGCUGCACAGAAUACUGUCUUCCUGAGAGGGAAGUCAACGGGAUCUGUAUGUUCUGAAUGUCUUAGCUAUACACUAAGUGCCCUUCUCCUAAGAGAAGAAAGUGUGCGCAGAAGGAUAGGUGUAUGUUUUGUAAGUGACUUUUUAAAAUGUAUAUUUUUGAUGGACAAAUUGUAUUCCAAAUUUUUUUUUGGUAGCCAACUUUUAAAACAUUGGUAUACCUUCUGUUUCAUGAAGAAAUAACUUUAAAGUGGCAAUUGGAUUUUUUUCAUGCUAUCGACUAGUCAUUAUUUUGUUAGCAUGAUAACAUCAAGUAUGAUGUAUUUAUUGCUUGUGUGGAUGGUACAUGUUGAAGCUUUGAGUUGUACAGAUACAUGGUACCUUUAGCAUUUCUGUCGCUGUGUUCUGAGGGCUCUGUACUCUGGUUACCUAACUUUACAUAGGAAAAACUUCUCAGAGUUUAGAAAAUUCAAGGGCUAUACAUCUGAUUGUCUAAUGAAUUAACAGUGUGCAAAAUCAUACUAUAAGGUUUUAAUCACCAUGGCUCAGCAUAUAAUCAGUGAAAAUUUAUUGUAAGAUACUAAAUAUCACAAUAUUGUUGCCAUUUUUUCCUCACAAAUAAAAAGCAUAAUUAUUUUUUCUAUGCUUUGUACCAUUAACUUUGUCUAAUUAUAGUAUGCUACAAAUAGUAUUUUUCUAUUGUUAGCCUUACCAUAGUAUUAUUUAUAUAGGUUUAUCAUGAAAGGAAUUUACACAUUGGCAGCAUCUUGACAUUCUCUUCUGCCUGCCUGCUGUGAUCCACUGUUUGAUAGAAUUUGAUGAGAGGAGCUACUCAUCCAUUUACAUUCUUGUUGCCUCUUGCCCAAAGAUUUCAGCUGUAUACUUUGUUUGUAUAUAGGUCUGUUGCCCAGUUUUGCUUUCUGGGAUCAAAAUAUUUACUAAAAUGCAACUUAGUUUGCCAACUUUAUGGUUUUCUAAAGUGAUGGAAGGUGUAAGGAUAUAUUUAAUAAAUAGAAACCAAUGAAUAAUUAUUUCCAAAAACGAAACAGGAAUGACUUUUCCCAGGUGACUCAGAUGCUGUAGUCUUUUCUUGGCAGAUAUGGCGGCAUUAUGACUUGUAACAAGUUUCCUUAUAUGUCACUCAAACAAGGUUAGAAUGCAGAAGUACUUUGUUUAUACACUAUAUUUUAAUAUAUUGAUAUUUUCCUUUUUCUAUAGGUGUAUAUACUGUGUAUGAAAAGGGAUCUGAUAAAACAGUUCAGUAAUUUUUUGUGUCUAGGUGAAGCACUUGUCAUGACUUAAACACCGAGUACAGUCAAUAAUUUUUUUGCAUUCAGAGCAGACGAUCUGAACUUGAACUUUUUGUUUCUGACUGAAAUGGAAUAAUAGGGAUUACCUUAGCCUUCCAUUGGAAAUUUGAAAACAAAAGACAAGAUGUACAAAAUAGUUUCUAUAUGUUAGCAUGAGGCACCACAUGGUUGUCUCUGAGAAACACUGAAUUGUCAGGGUAAUGACAGCAAAUUUCUUAAAGCCAGCAAGGGAAAUUGAAAAUAGAAGCUGAAGAAAAGAGGGAAGAGGAUGUCUUGGCAGAAUAUCUUCAAAGUUCUGAAGGUGGGUCUGCAGUUUAGAUUUAUACUCAGUGAAAGUGGUUUUCAAAAAUGAAAAUGGACUUUUUCUUCAGACCUAGAAAGGCUGAAAGAGUUCAGGGAGCUACAGGCAAUGUUCAAGAAGGAAAGGAUACCACGAAAGUUGUAACUACACAAAGCAACCAGGACCAAAAUGUUAAAUUAAAUACUAAAGACACUUCCCAUUGUUUCAAAGAUAAAUGUAAAAUGUUAUCAUGUUCUUAACCAAGGUAGAGCUGACAUGUGGGCCGUGAUCAUGGUUGGGAGGAUGCAGUGAAAUAUCCUGUCCUGAGCUGUUCACACUUCUGGAGCAGGAUGACAAUAUCUGGAAGUAGACUGCCAUAAGGAAGUACGUCAGCUGUAAUGGAAAAAAAUUGUAAUAAGCUCAUGAAAGUGAUCAGUUCCAACCAUAAAACAGCAACAACAACAAAAGUCCAAAUGGCCUGAAAGUGGCUAAGUGGGUGAGAACACCUCGAUGAGAACCAGUUUGAAUACCUUGGGUCCACGGCACAUCUGCAGGGCACAUCUGUAAUGCUGUUACGCCUACUGCGAGUUGCGAGGCAGAGACAGAACUUCUAGAAGACUGGGCCGGCCGGAUGGACGACAUCUACAUAGCAAACAGAAGACUCGGCCUCACCCACUCUGGAAGGGGAAGAUCGACACUACUGAUCGUCUUCCGAACUCUGAAUGUGGACUGUGGCACAUGCAUGCCUGCACUAAUGGACACGAGUGCACACACACAAAUCCGAAAGAAGGUAGCUGAAAAGGUAAACAAGUUAUGGGACAAAUAGAAAAUAAACAGCAAGAUGGUAGAUUUAAACACCUCUAGAAUUACAUUGCCUAUAAGUUGUCAAAGUUACUUUUAUUAUCAGAUUGAAUCGUUUAAAGACAACCCAACUGUUCUGAACAUAAGAAAUCUAGUUUAAAGAUGAAUAUAUAAACUGUUUAAAUGUGAAAAAUAAAGUGAGUAGUGUAUUGAGUUGAAUGCAAAUGAAAAUGAGAUUCGGGAGAGAAGGAUCAGUUGUUAAGAGAACAUACUGCUUUUCCAGAGGACCCAAAUUUGGUUCUCUGCACACAUGUUUGGUGGUUCACAACUUCCUGUAACUCCAGCUCCAGAGAAUUUGACAACUUCCUUUGGCCUCUGCAACCAUUCUCUCCCUCUUCCUCUCUCUCUCUCCCCCUCUGUCUCCCUCAUUUUCAUCUCUCUCUUGCUCUUAAAUAAUUAAAGAUAAGUCCUUAAAAACUGUGGAAACCACACUGUAGUAUUUGUAGAGGAAUGCAUAGCAUCAAAAGAUUAUUUUAGGAAAGGAAAGACUCCUAUAUUCAUUGACCUCAGCUUCUAUGUGCAAGUAGAAAAAUAGGUGAGCCCCAAAGUAAGAAAAGAAAGAAUGCAGUGGAAACAAAAUCAAUUAGGGAGAAAAUAGUGAAUUAAAGAGCUAGUUCUUCGCAGUAAAACUGAUAAGCCACUAGCCACACUACUGAGAAAAGUAGACAUAAUUUCAGAAGCAAAUCACCCAUUCUACAAGUAUUUCUGACCAAAAAAGGUCAAGUAUGAAAACUGAUUAAUCCCUUCAUGCAUUUACAGAAAACACCCGUGCUGAACAAGUGCUCGCAGUGUUGAGACCAGGGUGUGGUACCCAACUCACAAAGGCCAGCAUCACUCUGCUAGUCAAAGAAGAUAGCAUUCUGACAUAAAUGUAGGCAAUCCCACAUCGUAGUUUAGUAGUUCAAAUCCAGCAGUCUGUUAAAAAGAAAAAUGAUACAGCCAAAGUAGCUUGUCAGAAGUGCAAACUUGGGAUAAUGAAGAAAUCUAACAAAGCAAACAUUCUUUUGGUAGAUGCAGGAAUGUUUGACAAAGCCAGUAUUCACUACUCCUGAUUUAAAACUCAGAUGCAAGUGAAUAUACAAAAACUCAUUUCUAUUCUAUGUAAGCAGCAAUUAAUGAGGAAAUUACAUGCCACUUAGAAUAGCAUAAAAAUGUGAGCUAGUGAGGGAUAGAUUUGAUAAAAGACUUGUACACUGCAUUCUCCAGUGAAAAAGUAAACUUUAGUAGUGUGGUAUGCACAUCAGGGGUUGAAAACCUUAGUACUCAUGUCAGUUUUCACAUUGACUUGUAUUCAACAGAACGACAAUAAGAAUGUUAACGCUUUUUUUAGAUAGCAUUUGUGAAACUACCUUCAAAACUUUGAAGUACAAAAUAUUUGGGUAACAAAAUAACCUUGGGAAAAUAGUACAUUAGUGGUUACACUUAAUAAUUUUUUGUUAAAAGGCACAACUACCCAAGAUAACAGGUAAGUAUAAAAUAUAGUCAAAUCAAGAUGGUACCAUAAAGUCCAGAAGUAUAUUCUCACAUCAAUACACAUAUUUUAGGGAGAGACCACCAGAGAUCUCAUAGUUGAUAGCCAGUUGUAAGCCUUUGUUGCAGUUACCUGGGACUACACAUGUAUUUGAGACCUAAGUGUAGCACUGGGUGUUUAGAGUUAGGGAUUUUUAAAGGCAAAAACUACAUCCUGAUGUCUCACUUGGCAGCUGCAGGGGGAGGUUUUGCAUAGGCACGCAGUUUUACAGAAGCUAAGAUAAGCAGUUACACCUGAAGGGGGAGGUUUGCACAAGCAAGCUGCUUAACAGAAGUUAGCUGGAGCAUCUUGACCUCAGAUUCAAAGAAUAGAGUUGAGUAAUUUAAUUUUCUAUGGGGCUUCCCAUCAAGUGAAUCAAAUUCUAGUUAAACCUAAAAUGGCCUGAGCAAGUGUACAAGAUGGAGGAACCUCUGCACUGUCUUUCCGUGUCACACAUAUUCCUCAACAGAUUCGACAUACAAAUAUAAAUCAAUAGAGGAGGUUAUAAUUUGUUUUGUUGAAUGAGUGGAUAUCUAUUUGGAACAAAAAUUGUGAGGCAUACUUUGUACUAUAUAAAAGUUAACUAAAAUAGAUUAAACUACAUAAUUUUUUAAUUAAAAGAUCAUUCUAGAAAA